GCCACCCGACAACAGCCUCUCGUAGGUGUUCGUCCCCUACAAUCUGCCGCCUUGCCAGAUAGAGUCGUCGUGCCACGAGAAUCUCGUCCUCCGGUCCCUCGCUUCGCUCCUCUCUAGAUUCUCUCGAGGUUGGCUAUGCUUCUCGUCUGUGUUGCCCGCCACCGCCGGCGGCCACUCCAGCCCCGGCAUCCACCAGCUGAAGCCCGACCCCUGCGGCAUGUCCUCUCCCACGCCCUCCGGCGGGGGCCGUCCCCGCGAGCUGCGCUGGCUGGAGGACAGCCCGCCACCCUCGGCGAGCCCGCUCCGCUCCUACCGCCAGGCGCUCUGCGACGAGCCCGCGCCUUCCCCUGUGCCGGCGACGGCGGUCGCCCCUAGGCGGAUCCCGCGCUCGGAGAUCCAACCCGUGCCCGUGGCGGAGGAGCCCGCGCCUGCCGACGAGACCGCCGGCUCCGCUCUCCGCGUCAGCGCCGGCCGAGACCCCGUCACCGCGCCCCGUCGCGCCGCCUGGCCUCCCCUCCUUCUCCGGUGCGUCGCGACUCCGACGACUGCUUCAAAUGCCUCUACCGGGGGCACCCACGCGCCGAGUGUCGCCGGGACUGGCACUGUCGUCGUUGUGGCUACUACGGCCACAUCGCCCACGCCUGCACCCAGCCUCGUCCCCGCCCCGUGGCCGUGGCUCCCCCGACCAAGCACCCGCGUCCGUGUUCCCCGGAGUCCUCGACCUCCAGUGUUGACGGGUGUUAGACUAGGUAUAGCUUCUGUACCUAUGUACGUAUAUGGUACAUAUUGUAACGAGUAACACAACCAUUAUAUAUAAUGAGAUAAGCCACCCCUAGA